UGCGUUAUUACUGUUGUAGUGCUUACUUCUAUUCUACGGUUUUUUCGCUCAUACAAUUAUUUAUCUUUUUCUUUUCACUUAUUAACAUAUUUUCGAACACACAAUAAAUAAAACUAAAAAAGCUUGAAGUACAUUUCUACUCUACACGUAAGAUUUUAAAAUAAUACUGAUAUUUAUUAAUCAAUUCCAGAACGUCGUCUAGUAUAUUGAAUGGAACAAUAAAAGGUGACUAUAGAAUUAUUAAUAAAAUGAUCAAAUCUUCGUUAUUUAAAAUAACGAAUCUAAAAGGAUUACGUGAUAUUAAAAGAUGUCAAAUUCAUCGAAGAUUUUCGAAAAAUAAUCACUGGUCAAAGUAUAGUUAUUUAUAUGGGGCUUCGAGUGAUCCUCUCAAACCUUAUACAAUCGGAGGAGUUUUCAAUGACGCCGUGCAGCAGACUCCGGACCGAGAGUGCCUGGUUAGCCAACACGAGAACAAACGAUACACGUUCGCCACCAUGGAUUCCGAGGUGGAUAAGUUGUGCAGGAGCUUUAUUGCCAUUGGCCUCAAACACGGAGACCGGGUUGGAAUAUGGAUGCCUAAUUGCGUAUUAUACUAUACGGCGAUUAUCGCGACAGCUCGUCUGGGACUGAUUUUGGUAAACAUUAAUCCAGCGUAUCAGAGUGACGAACUAAAACACACUUUAAUUCUGGCUGAAGUAAAGUGUCUAUUAACCUUAGAGAAGUUUAGAACUCAAAACUAUCCUGAAAUAUUGGAGAAGAUUGAUUCGGACAUUUGGAAGCGACCGUCUAAUACGCCAAUUAAGUCUAAAACGAUACCUAUGCUAGAAUCAGUAAUUUUUGAUUCGGAAAACAGUAUAAAUGGUGCUUAUAAUUUACAAACAUUCUUGGACCUGGGUUUCAAUUCAAAUUAUAGUAUUCCUGAUGUUCAACCAGACGAAGGAUGCAUUAUUCAGUUUACUUCAGGUACCACUGGUAAGCCAAAAGCAGCGUUAUUGAACCACUUUGCUUUAAUGAACAACGCAUACUCUAUUAUGAAGCGUUUAGGAAUCAUUGAUGACAUUAGUGAAGGAAAAUUACAUAAAUUCUGCUGUCCAAUGCCUUUAUUUCAUGCUUCGGGAUUAUCUAUUGGCGCUCUUGGACCUAUGGUUACCAAAUCAACCAUUUUUUUACCAUCUGGCCAUUUUGAUCCGAAAGAAACGGUCGAUGUCCUCACGAAAGAAAAAUGUACAGUUUUAUUUGGUGCGCCAACGAUAUUAGUGGACACCAUGUCCAUUUUCGAAAAACUUCCGCCAGAAAAACAAGAUAACAACAUUGAGAUGACAAUAACAGGUGGUGCCACAUGUUCUCCGAAUUUGAUGAUUAAGUAUAAGAACAUGUUUCCACGCGCUAAAAUAUUGUCUUUGUUCGGGAUGACAGAAACCAGUCCCUGUACGUUUCAACAUCUCUCAAACGAUUCAGAUGAACGGAUAAUGUCGACGAUGGGUUUCAUACAAGAUCACGUAGAGGCAAAAGUGGUCGAUACCAAUGGCAAUAUGGUACCAUUCGGGACACCCGGAGAGUUGUUGAUUCGCGGAUACUUGAAAAUGAAUGGUUACUUCAAUGACGAAGAAAAAACAAAAGAGACGAUUGAUUCGAACGGAUGGCUACACACAGGAGAUCAAUUCGUUUUAUACGAAGAUGGAUAUGGAAAUCACGUUGGCAGAUUAAAAGAAAUGAUUAUCCGCGGCGGCGAAAACUUAUUUCCUAAAGAGAUAGAAUACUUUUUGGAGUCUCACCCGAUGAUUUCACAAGUCCAAGUAUACGGUGUACCCGAUGAGCGGAUGGGCGAAGAAGUGUGCGCCAGCGUCAUUCUCAAAAAAGGGGCUACGGUCACUGAAGCAGACAUAAAAGCGUACAGCAAAGGAAAGAUAGCCCAUUUUAAGAUCCCCAAAUACAUAUUCAUCGAAAAGGACGGGUUCCCAAUGACAGCAUCGGGCAAAGUGCAGAAGCACAAAUUAAGCGAGAUGGCGAUUAUGCGGAUUUCGAGCCCAACCUAAUAUAGUUAUGAUAAUACGACUUAUUACAUAAGCCACCUUUAAUCAGUUCUGCAUAAUUUCCUUGUUGAAUCUAUCAUCUUAUGUGUUACCAUGGCGAUUGCUAAUUUUUAAAACUAUAUAUUAGCUGUGCUAUGUUUUAUCAUAAUAUAUUACCAUACAUAAAUAUGGCAGCUAUAUAAUUAUACGUAAACAGGAAGUCGUGCCGUAAUGUUUACAAAGUUCAUUAUGUAAAUAGGCUAAAUAAUCGUAUUUUAAUCAAUUAUUUUACGUUUUUUUUUUUUUUUUUUUUUUUUUUUUCAUUUAGAACUUUCAGUAUAUAACUAUUAUAGUUCGACAGUUAUUACAAUAUAUAAUAUAUGUAUAAAAGAUUUACAAUAAAUAGAAUCUUAAUUAUAGCAUAAUUUAGAUAAUUUGGUGAUUAGAUAACAAUAUAAAAUGAAAUGAUACAAUAUAUUAUGGUGGACGUAUAACGGUAUAUGGAAUUACAAAUUACCUUUAUUUAAUAAAGCCGUUAGGAGAGACAGGAGGGGUUUUAUGAUUGCACUGAAUUCGGUAAUAAAAGAUGUAAAUAAAGUUUCUAUAUUAGGAGAUAGGUGGGAAUGGUUAUGAUUGGAGGAAGUGGCUUCGGCAUAUGAUGGUUUAUCGGUAUUGGAAUUUAAGGUGGAUUUAAGGAAGUUUGUAUGAGAUUUGGGAGUAGAUAUGAAAUGUUUACGACGAGGUGGUCUGUAAUUAAGUUUUUUAUAAACGGGACAGCCUUUGUAAUUGGCAGGGUGGCUACCUUGGCAUAAAGCACACCUGGCCGGAGAUUCUGGUGACAUAGUGCAUACGUCAGAUCUGUGUUCUUCGCCACAUCUGAUGCAUCGUGGAAUGUGGUUGCAGUAACCCUGAGUGUGCCCGUAAGACAGACAACGAUGGCAUUGAGGUGGGCCUUUACGUGGAUGGGGCUUUUCGACAACAAUUUUGGUGUGCAAUAGAUACUCGAUUUUAUAUAAAUCCAUGUUGUUGGUGGCUAUUUUGAGGUCGACGAAAAAUAGAGGUAGAGGUGAUUUAUCGGAAGAGCGCUUAAUGUUAUGAACGUGGGUAACCUGGUGUCCCAGUUCCGAUAGAGAAGUAAUUAUAUCUUCAGUAGAGGUAGAAGGGUGGAGAUUGCGGAUCACCACCCGUAAUGGACGCUUAUCAUACUGCUGGUAUGAAUGAAAACUGAUGCUCUUAUUUUACGUUAAUUGUGUGUAUUGUUACUAUAUUAUUUUAAAAAUUGAUUUAUUUGAUUGGAUUAAUAAUUAUGUAUUGCCGCAGUAUUACGAUCUGUCGCUAUAAAUUAAUAAUUAUGAUAAUAUAGUAUUAGUAUCAAUAA